GCCAUGGUGGCCGCCCGGUGGUCGCUGCUGCUGCUGGUGGCCGUGGGACCGUGUUUCUCGGGGACGCAGCGGCGGUGGCCGGUGCCGUACAGGCGCUUUGAUUACCGUCCGAAAACUGAUCCUUACUGCCAAGCUCGUUACACCUUCUGUCCCACUGGCUCUGCCAUUCCUAUUGUGAAAGAAGAGGAUGUAAUUGAAGUGUAUCGAUUACAGGCUCCAGUAUGGGAAUUCAAAUAUGGGGACCUACUAGGACAUUUGAAAAUUAUGCACGAUGCUGUGGGUUUCAAGAGCUCUUUAACGGGCAAAAACUACACAAUGGAGUGGUAUGAGCUCUUCCAGCUUGGAAACUGCACAUUUCCACAUCUCCGGCCUGGCAUGGAUGCACCAUUUUGGUGUAACCAGGGAGCUGCCUGCUUUUAUGAAGGAAUAGAUGAUGCACAUUGGAAGGAAAAUGGAACUUUAGUUCUUGUGACCACAAUAUCAGGAACCAUGUUUAAUGAAAUGGCAAAAUGGGUAAAACAUGACAAUGAGACUGGCAUUUACUAUGAGACCUGGACAGUUCAAGCAAGUCCUGACAAACAAUCAACAGUAUGGUUUGACUCUUACGAGUGCUCUAAAUUUAUACUCAGAACGUACCAGAAGCUUGCUGACUUGGGAGCUGUAUUUAGGAAGAUAAAAACAAACUAUACCAGCAUAAUUUUAUUCAGUGGAGAACCGAUUUACUUAGGAAAUGAGACAUCUAUUUUUGGACCUCUAGGAAACAAGACAUUGGCAGCAGCUAUCAGAGACUUCUACUAUCCAUUCAAACCUUAUCGGACAGUUGGAGAGUUUUUUGCGGAUCUUUUAAAAAUAAUUGAUCGUGUCAUCUUGAAACAUCAGUUUUACCUCUUCUACAACUUGGAAUACUGGUUUCUAUCUAUGAAGUUCCCUUACCUCAAAAUAGUCUAUGAAGAGAUCCCUUUACCUGUUAGAAGCAAAACAGCCUUUGGUGUAUAAUUACUGAAGCACUGAACUUGCCAUUAUGCCAGAAUAUCCUUAAGGAAUUUGGAGUGUUCCCUUGAUGGUUUGAAA